AAAUAACCUGGAGAUCCAAUAUUCAGCGCAGCGGGACACAGGGGAUUGAUACAGUAUCCCCAACAAUUUCUCCCUGGAGCAAGCAUUGCAAACUGGAAGGACAUAAUGUAGAGUAGCAAACUGGAGGGGGAAUUGGUCCCAAACUGGGGACACUUUGUAAAUUUGUGUUGCAAUAUUUCAGCACAUCUUAAUGAGAACACCCGCAUUUGUAAUAUCUUUGAAGAGCACCCGGAGUUCGUUUUUAUGAAUGAGGUUCAACAUGUUGACCAGCAUAACCGAUGGGAUCAUGUGCUGCAUCACCGGGAGGGCACUGAAUGUGGUGGGAGCCAUUGACAGCGUGGAGUCCAGUGACGGCUACGACUACAUCGAGGUGAAGCCCGGCCGGAUCCUGCGAGUCAAACACAUAGUGCCGAGCCGGAGCGCGGCUGAGGAAGAGGAGGAGAGGAAGGAGAAUGUGGCAGUGGAGGAGGAAGGGGAGGGAGGGGAGGUGUCUGGUAAAGGGGUGGUGCACUGCAAGCGCAAGAUUUCUGUCUACCGCAACGGCCAGGUAGUGAUCGAGAACCUUGGCGACGUGAUCCGCUCGGAGAUCUUGCACUGUCAGAACGGCAACACCGAGCCUGGCAGCACAGUGGAGAUUGAGCUCUCCGAUGCCAACAUCACCUCACCGCAGGCCAAUGGCGCAGUCCUGGAGCAGGGCUCAGCCAAGCGGCGCAAACGCAAGCCGAAAAAGACGGUGGUGAUCGACUGCAAGAAGCGGAUCACCAGCUGCAAGGGGACCCACUCGGAUGUGGCGCUGUUCUUCAUCCACGGCGUUGGGGGCUCCCUGGACAUUUGGAAGGAGCAGCUGGACUUCUUCGGCAAGCUGGGGUACGAGGUGGUGGCCCCGGAUCUCGCCGGGCACGGCUCUAGCACCGCGCCAAAGAUCGGCGCUGCCUACACUUUCUACGCCCUCGCCGAGGACAUGAGAGCCAUCUUCAGGCGCUAUGGCAAGAAACGCAAUAUCCUGAUCGGACACUCUUAUGGGGUCUCAUUCUGCACGUUUCUGGCCCAUGAGUAUCCGGAUCAAGUACACAAGGUGGUGAUGAUCAAUGGAGGAGGUCCGACUGCACUGGAACCCAGUUUGUGCUCCAUCUUCAACCUGCCCACUUGUGUCCUACACUGCCUUUCGCCCUGUCUCGUCUGGAGCUUCCUCAAAGCGGCGUUUGCCCGACAGGGGGCGAAAGAGAAACAGUUGUUGAAGGAGGGGAAUGCCUUCAAGGUGACCUCCUUCGUGUUGCAGGCGAUGAUGAGUGGGCAGUACUGGCCUGAGGGUGAUGAAGUCUACCACGCUGAACUGACAGUGCCUGUCCUGCUGGUACAUGGAAUGCACGACAAGUUUGUCCCUGUGGAUGAAGACCAGCGUAUGGCUGAGAUCUUGCUGAUUGCGUUCCUGAAAGUCAUCGAUGAGGGGAGCCAUAUGGUUAUGAUGGAGUGCCCGGAGACGGUGAACACAUUAUUGCAUGAGUUCCUGCUUUGGGAACCGGAGAUCACUGCAACUGAGCAAACAGAGGCCAAACAGACAACAGAAAACAAGUAAAGCUGUACAGAUGGUACAACGACUUAUCUCCGAACUUUGAGAAAAGUGCCGAUUGAUGGAAGCUGUCUGAGAUUCUAAAUGGUUUGAGGCUGAUUGUAAUAGGCAGCUGUGUUACUGCAGCCAUUUGAAGUGGUCAAGAGGAUUUAUCUGUGUCUGGGCCUUAACUUGGGUUCCGUAUGACGACACAGAGAAUGAAAACCUGUACAAUGUAUAUUUUGAUUAACGGCAGCUAAAUGUGGUGGUUUUUAUCAUCAGUCGUGUAUUUUUUUUUAACAAAACAAAUCACCACAUGAUCUGAAACAGCAUUAACAGAAAGAGCAAGGGUUCAGCCUGUGUGUUGCAAGAAGCAGAGGUUGACAAGUAUUAAGGAUUGUUUUGAGGUCUCGGGGAAUUGACGAUCAACAGCGAAGAGUCAUACAGGGGCUUAAUGAAGAGUCGAGCUAUUUUGUAGGUGACAGUCUGAAGGUGGGAUUUUGCAAAGGUGGACAGAUCGGGUGGCCAGUGUUGUGAGGGUGAACCAGUCAUGAAGUUCCCUCGCUAACCAGAGAUCCCAAGCAUAUAGCACCACAGUCCAGGCAAAGAACAUGGGUCAGCCUCCAUGAAUUCUGCUUUUCCUUGGACAAUUCAAUGGCCACAUUACCAAUGCAUAAGAUUUGUAGCUGCAAUUAGUGCAUAUAUCCAAAUUUAUAAUUGGCUGUUCCACGAUUCGCAUUCUGAAUAUACAUGGAAGAGGGGGAAUGGAAGCAGGAGAAUGAGGACACUGUGCACUGCCAGGCGAUUAUAACUCUCCCUCCCCACACUUGGGGGAUCACAUUUUAACAUUUUUUGAUGAGAUUACAUGUGUUCUUUGUCAUCCAGUGUUUUUCAAAGUCUUCGACUAGCUAUGCUCUGGUUUUCUGCUGGUCUGGCUGCCUGAUCUGUUGUAGCAUUGAGUGAUGCUUCAAUCCUUAAUCAUAACUGUCCAAAAAUGUGUCCCUUCUGGAAACAGAGACCGACUGAAUCCUGAACAUUAACAGACU